GGAGCCCCAUAGGUCCAUGAAAAGCAUAGCAGGGCGUUGUGCAUGCACCGAGGUGCAUUUAGAGUCAGCAGGUAGGGACUUGAGACACCACGCGGACCUUCCAUCUUCGACGUCUCUACCAAUAUUCUGCUUCGAGAAUGCCACCAGGGUGUCGCGUUCUUCGCUGCUGCCUUUUAUCAUGCGUGACGGAUCGGAUCUGUGUAUCCCACCCAAAUGAUACAUCGGACUGGAGCCAAUCAGAACAAAAAAACGAGAAAGCCAACUGGUCUACACAAAGUUGCUACCAUGGUGUUCGAGAACGUGGUGGGACGGUGGUGUGGUAUUGCUGUAAUUGUGGAGAUGGACCGAUGGGAUCGUGGGGGUAUGUAUGUAGUUGUUGCUCUCACGAAAAAUGCGGUAAUUGUGCAGUGGAAGUAGCGAAAUAGGAGGAUGUCGAUUAUGACUUCCCUGUCGUGAAAAGAGUCUAGGUUCGCACAGAUGGCUAGCACACUCCGUACAUUUCAAAUACUUCGCAGUAAAUUCAGCU